CGGGAAAUGAUACGAUCAGAAACUGAAAGCCGAUCUCUGGCAGCACGCCGGUAUCUUUGAACGCGUUGCUUCGGACUGGCAGAUUUCGAUUGAUAAAGUGAAAUGGUGAAUCGAAUUUAAGAGAACAUCAUCAUCUUAAUCUCGAGAGAUUCGUUGAAUUUCUUGGACUUUGGAUUUCUGUGUAGAGUGAAGUUAAUAGGAGCUCCGACGGAAAGCGAGAGUUAGAGCAGAAAUGGAGGCGGAAUUGAAAGAUAUGUGGAACGAUCUCGAAUCCCUGAAGCAUUCGCUAACCGAUCCAUCUCUUCGAGGCCCGGUAGAUAAGCUUCAACUGCAUGUAGAGCGUCUCACAAAUCUUUCGAAGUCUGUACCUGUACGUCGAUCAAAAGUUAAGGACAUGAGUGCUGAGGUGGUAGAUAGCAACCCUUACAGUAGGCUUAUGGCUCUUCAGAGGAUGGGCAUUGUAGAAAACUAUGAAAGAAUACGGGAAUUUUCAGUUGCCAUAGUUGGAAUUGGAGGUGUUGGAAGUGUUGCAGCUGAGAUGUUGACAAGGUGUGGAAUAGGUCGCUUGUUGUUGUAUGAUUAUGAUAAGGUUGAGUUAGCUAACAUGAAUAGACUCUUCUUUCGUCCAGAGCAGGUUGGUAUGACCAAAACUGAUGCUGCGGUACAGACUCUAGCAGAUAUAAACCCCGAUGUUGUACUUGAGAGCUAUACGUUUAACAUCACAACUGUGCAAGGUUUUGAAACUUUUAUGUCAAGUUUGAGGAACAAAUCAUUCUCCCCAACUAAAGAAGGCAGUGGGGUGGAUCUUGUCUUAAGUUGUGUUGAUAACUAUGAAGCAAGGAUGGCUGUUAAUCAGGCUUGCAAUGAGCUAAAUCAGACGUGGAUGGAAUCUGGUGUUUCGGAGGAUGCGGUUUCUGGUCAUAUUCAGUUGCUAAUUCCCGGUGAAACUGCCUGUUUUGCUUGUGCACCUCCUCUGGUUGUAGCAUCUGGCAUAGAUGAACGGACACUCAAACGAGAAGGGGUUUGUGCAGCAUCUUUACCUACAACAAUGGGAGUUGUGGCAGGCCUAUUGGUGCAAAACACCCUGAAGUUCCUACUAAAGUUUGGGCAUGUUUCUCCAUACUUGGGAUAUAAUUCCUUAAAAGACUACUUCCCAACAAUGGAAAUGAGGCCGAACCCUCAGUGUUCAAACGUGGCUUGUCUGGAAAGACAGAAGGAAUUCAUUAUUGCAAAGCCUGCACGAGAUGCUGCAGCUAUGGCAAAGAUGGAAGCAGAAGCAUUGACGGUUGAAGAAAUUCCACUACAUGCUGAUAAUGAAUGGAAUAUAAGUGUUGUUGAUGAAGUUGAGAUUGAAACCGUGGGAGCGACCAGUUCAGACGCCCUCCCAGAAGGUCUUGUUCGCGAGCUUCCAAAUGCAGAUGAAUCACAGCAUCCGCCUCCCGCGGAACCUGCAGCUCCGUCUUUAGAUGAUCUUGAAGAUCUGAAGAGACAACUUGAGGCCCUCAAUUCUUGAUGUUCGACAGCUCGCACUCCCUUUUGGAUAUCAUCAGUAUUUUGCUCUUCGUAAAUUUAGUAUGUUCAUCCAGUUUGAGUUAUAGCGUACAAUAGCACUCUAGAGGGUUCAACAUUCAACACCCUAAAGGAGGAAAAAACUAUAGCAAAGGGUUACUGAAUACACUGACUGCUAACGUUUUUACGCCAAAAACAUUUUAACUACAUUUUUGUUUGUCUUAAAUUAUGCAAUAAACUUUGUAACAUCCGGUAGUUUACUAUUCAUGUCAGGGCUAAUGCUUCAAGAGUUAUUUUUCCUUUGACAA